CGCGGUGCGCCGCGCCGCGCAAGCGCCGUACACAUUCUGCGCGUGCGUGAGUGGCGGGGUCAAAGGGCACGACGCCGGCGCCUGCGCAGAGUGGCGCGACACAGCAGAAUGGCGGACAAAGAGAAGAAGAAGAAGGAGAGUAUCUUAGAUCUGUCCAAGUACAUCGACAAAACGAUCCGGGUGAAGUUUCAGGGAGGCCGCGAAGCCAGUGGAAUCCUGAAAGGGUUUGACCCGCUCCUCAACCUUGUGCUGGAUGGCACCAUCGAAUACAUGAGAGACCCCGACGACCAGUAUAAGCUCACGGAGGACACCCGCCAGCUGGGCCUGGUGGUGUGCAGGGGCACCUCCGUCGUGCUCAUCUGCCCGCAGGACGGCAUGGAGGCCAUCCCCAACCCUUUCAUCCAGCAGCAGGAGGCCUAGCAGAUGGAGGCGAGGACAGGGCUGCCCUUGGACUCGCAGCUGCCCCUCCUACCUUAUGUGUGACUCAGAGGAACAGCACUUUCCUUUUUGUAUAGGUUACAUUUUUUGUUUUCUUAAUAAAAUUGCAAACUUCACGUUU